GCCGAUCUUCUAUUCACCUGCCGUCUACAUACUAAAGCCAUGAACAUCAAAUCAGGAAAACUUUAUGGGAUCUCCAUUUCUCUCAUUAUCAUCAACUUAGCCACAAUGAUGCAACGAGCAGACGAAAAACUCAUUCCUUCGGUUGCCAAAGAAUUAAAAGAAACGUUCAAUGCAAACCUCUCUGAUAUUGGAUACCUCUUAUUUAUAAGAAACAUUGUUCAAGGACUUGCCUCGCCUUUAGCUGGUUUAUUUGUCAUUAGUUAUGACCGUCCAACAGUUUUCACAAUCGGUUGUUUAUGUUGGGUCCUAUCAACUGUUGCAGUUGGAGCAAGCCACGUCUUCAUCCAGGUUACCCUUGGGGCAGCAGUCAAUGGGUUUGGACAUGCAAUUGUUUAUCCAGUGCUUCAGUCGAUAAUUGCUGAUAGCUUUAAGGAUAGUGCAAGAGGUUUUGGAUUUGGUUUAUGGAAUCUCACUGGUACGGUCGGGGCUAUAGGUGGAACCGUCGUGGCAACGGUCAUGGCUGGUCAUGAUUUCAUGGGGAUCCCAGGAUGGCGCUGCGCCUUUAUGUUGAUUGCAACAACGAGUGCGAUGGUUGGGAUUCUUGUUUAUCUCUUUGCCACCGACCCGAGGAAAAAGAAAAAUAGCAGCUUCGUUUCUCAUGAUUAUGAACGAAAUGAACUUAUGCUUCACAAAGGGAAGAACUAUGAUGCUGCAACAAUGGAGAAUACGAGCUCAAUUAUGAUGGAAUCGUUGGUGGCCAUAAAAGAUGUAACCAAACUACAAACAUUUCAGAUCAUCGUAUUACAGGGAAUCGUCGGUUUGGUGCCAUGGAAUGCAAUGGUUUUCUGGUCAAUGUGGUUUGAACUCAUUGGUUUUGAUCAUAAUCAGACGGCAGCACUAAGCGGGAUAUUCACCGCCGGACAAGCAAUAGGAUCUUUGGUCGGGGGAAUAGUUGCUGACAAAAUGUCUCAUAUAUUUCCAAACUCAGGCAGAGUGAUGUGUGCACAAUUCAGCGUUUUCAUGGGAGCUAUAUUCUCCAUUAUCCUUCUGAAACUAAUCCCACAGUCCAUCGACAGUUAUUACAUCUUCAUGGUCACUCUCUUUCUAAUGGGUCUCACCAUAACUUGGUGUGGACCAGCCAUUAACUCUCCAAUCUUAGCUGAGAUUGUUCCUCCUAAGCAUCGAACCAUGAUCUAUGCCUUUGACCGUGCACUCGAAGUUUCUUUUUCAUCAUUUGGUGCUCCUUUGGUUGGGAUUAUGUCAGAGAAAUAUUUUGGGUUUGAUGCAAAAGGAAUUGAUAAUAUUAAAGACUAUGGUCGUGAGGCCGAGGCGUUGUCGAAGGGGAUCAUGUGGAUGAUGGCUGUUCCGUUUGGAUUGUGUUGUCUUUGCUACACACCGUUACAUUUUAUUUUUCGAAAAGAUAAGAAAAUUGAUAGUUCAAAGGACGUAGAAAUGAUAUGAGAGGUUAUUAUCCUACAUAUGUAUCCGUAAUGAAGAUCGAUGAAAAUAUGAUCAGAAUAAUUUAAUGUAUCAAAGAAGAUUGAUAAG